AUGUCGAUUCCAUCCGCUCCCCCAAUCCUGGACUUUUCUCCAAUUUACGGCGAAGAUGGCGAAGCAAAGACCAGAUUGGUCGAAGAAGUUCGCAAAUGCUGUCACUACAACGGGUUUUUCCAAAUCACCGGCCACCGCGUCCCAUUGGAAUUGCAACAGCGCGUAAUGAAUUGCUCCCGAAGAUUCUUCGACUUGCCGUUAGAAGAGAAGCUCCAAAUUGACAAAAAUCUGAACUCAUUCAAUCGCGGCUACGAACUCCUCCGAUCGCAAAUGCUCGAAGUGGGCACCGGCCCCGAGCUCAAGGAAGGCCUCUACAUCGGCGAAGAAAUCCCCGAGGACCACCCAUAUUUCCUACAGAAGAAAUUAAACAGCGGACCUAACCAGUGGCCGCGAACCGUCCCCGACACCGACGAAUUCCAGAAGACAACAAUGGAGUACUACCACGCGGUAUACGAACUGGCCAAGGACGUCCUUGCCGUUCUGGCAUUGACUCUGGGCGUGGAAUCCAGCUACUUCGAUCCUCUGACCGAUGGCGCUGUCGCGACAAUGCGCUACCUACACUAUCCCGCACAACCCAAGGACGAAGACGAAAAAUUGAAUCGCGGGAUCGGAGCGCACACGGAUUUUGGCUGCGUCACUUUGCUCCUACAGGAUGAGGUGGAUGGUCUUCAAGUUUUGGAUGCUCCGACAGGAGAAUGGCUUGAUGUUAAACCCGUUCCCGGUGCGUAUGUCGUGAAUCUGGGAAAUCUGUUUAUGCGCAUGGCGAAUGAUAAAUACAAAUCAAAUACCCAUCGCGUGAUCAACAAGUCUGGCAAUGAGAGGUACUCGAUUCCGUUCUUCUUCAGCGGAAAUCCGGAUUAUCUUUGCGAGUGCUUGCCGAAUUGUCGCGAGUCGGGCGAGGAUGCAAAAUAUCCAGCUAUUACUGUUCAGGAUAUGGUGACUGCAUCGUAUAAAGAGAGCUAUGGGCGUGCGGAGAAGUACAAGAAAGAGAUGGAGACGAAGGUGGUUCAGAAGAUGCCUGCCGUGGCUACGGUUGGCGCAGUUGGGGCGUAG